GCGGAACAACAUGGAGUAUACAAUAUUUACUUUAAUAUGUUUGUUGUCUGUCGUAACGUGUCUGAAUUUAAAAGAAACGGUUCCCCAUUCUGAUCUAGAAUGUCAUGGAACGAGCGUUGGUUUAGGUUACAGUGGCUCACGGCAAAACCAUUAUAACAAUUUAAAGAAACGGUACAUGGGCUGUACGGUGGUCCAUGGUAAUUUAGAAAUCACCAACUUAGACGAUCCUAACAUCGAUUACGACUUGUCCUUCCUCUCCGACAUACGUUACGUCUCCGGAUACGUGUUUAUUGGACUGGUAUCGGAGUUGGACACACUAGAGUUGAAGAGUCUUGAAGUCAUACGCGGUAACAGAACGUAUGCUAUACACGGAGAAGCUUACAGCUUGGUUGUGUCCUUAACGUCAAGGUAUCACAGUCCACAUCUUGGUCUUCAACAGUUACAUCUUCCAGCUUUAAAAGAGAUCGUAGAAGGCAGAGUGAUGUUUAUUGGGAAUCCGGUGUUGUGUUUUAUCAAUACGAUACCUUGGUAUAAAAUAACUCGUCUCUUCAACUCGACAGACAACCACAAUCCUGUAUAUUAUGGUGAGAGAGCAUACUCCACCAACUGCGAUGAUUGUCCUCAAGAAUGUUCUUUCAAUGGGGCUUCAAGAUGCUGGGGACCCAGACCCCAAUUAUGCAGUAAAGAUAUUGACUACGGCUGUCAUUCAACAUGUAAUGGUCGAUGUUAUAAAGGAGGGGAGGAUGGGUGCUGUCAUAAACUGUGCUCUGUAGGAUGUACAGGGCCAACAGCAAGCGAUUGUUAUGUUUGUCGAGAUUUUAAGAUGGAAGAAAGUGGAGAAUGUGUGACUCACUGUCCGGACUCGACAUAUACCAAGAGUCAAAAAUGUAUUCUAUUUUAAGGGGCUAUUUGGGCAAUGAGUAAUUUGAUAAUCCAAUGCACGAACUCAAAGCCUACUUGUGUAUUGCAAAAAAAUCAUAUCGCUGACUCACUGUCUGUACUCCAAGAGUCAAAACUGUACUCUAUUUUAAGAGUCACCUUGAGUUAUAUCCAUGCAAUUCCUCUGAAAAUAAGACUUUUAUGACGUCACUAUCGUAAAGGCCCUUAGAUAUUAUUAAAAGCUCUUGCCAAAUACACACAAACAAGAUAAUUGUAGACACACAGACGAGCUAUCAUCUACAUGUAGAUUAAUUCUUUAAUCAGAAUUCGAAUGCCUCUUAUUGUAGUGUUAUAACAACAUUAUGGCUAUUGUUUCAAGAUGGAUUACAUGUAAACUUUACAAUAAACUUAUAUAUCAAUUU